CUGUGAUUGGCGGGGUGGGCCUAGGGGCUCCGGAGGGGUUCGGGAAUGUGGCUGGGAGCCGCCCCCGCCUCACGGCCCCUCAGCCCCCUUCGGCGCAGAGGCCGCGAGCUUUCAGCCGGAGGUCCGCGAAGACGCGAGAUCUCGCGAGGAACGCCACUCCGGCGCAACCUGUGGAGGGGCAGCUAGGCGCGAGGGGGUCGCCGCAUAGCGUGGGCUCUGGUUCCCGGGGAUCCCUCGGCCUCGGCGCUGCAGGGUCUGGUUUUCGCUUGUGCGUCAGCCUCUACCCGGUCUACAUGGUCGCUUUCCCCUAGUCUAGACACGCUUUAAAUGGCCAUGGCAAAAGUCAGUUUGCAAGCACUGGAAUAAGUCUUAUAAAGGAACAUUUUGCAAAAUGGAUUCUCUCACAGAAGAAUUUUUUGUGAGUGGAAAUCCUGAUGUAGAAGAGCAGACCAAGGAAGAAACUGAGAAUAAAGUAGAGAAUCCAGUCAGUGAGCUGGACAAACAGAAAAUGGAUAUACAUGCUGAUCUUGACCCUGUUAACCCACUAUUAGAAGUAAAGAAGCUAUUAAAUGCAAUCAAUUCUCUACCGAAAGGUGUGUUCCCUAACAUUGAAAAGUUCGUACAAGAAGAUUUGUCCUUCCAGACUAUGCAGAGGGAAGUCGCAGCUAAUGGCCAGGCUGGGGAAGAAAUUGUUCCUGCUUUAACAUUACAUAUUUUGAUAACACAACUGGAAACAGCACUUAGAAACAUUCAAGCUGCUAAUUAUACUGCACAUCAAAUCAAUAUUGGUUAUUACUUGACAUUACUGUUUUUAUAUGGAGUGGCACUUACUGAAAGAGGAAAGAAAGAGGACUGCACAGAAGCUGAAAAUAAAUUUUUGGUGAUGAAGAUGGUGAUCCAAGAGAAUGAAAUUUGUGAAAACUUUAUGUCUUUAGUUUAUUUUGGACGUGGUUUGCUUCGAUGUGCUCAGAAGAGAUAUAAUGGAGCACUACUAGAAUUUCACAAGAGCUUACAAGAAAUAGAAGAUACAGAUGAUGAGUGGUUUGAAGUAGAUCCUACAGAUGAUGAAGAUUUAUCUACAACUUUCAAAGAUAUUCUCAAUAAUUUUAUCAAAACAACUGAAAGUAAUAUAGUGAAAGAGGCCAUUUGCAGUUAUCUUGAUUGUGAGCGCUCUUGUGAAGCUGACAUUUUAAAGAACACCAACUAUAAGGGAUUUUUUCAGCUAAUGUGCAGUAAAAGUUGCUGUAUUUACUUCCAUAAAAUAUGUUGGAAAAAGUUCAAGAAUUUAAAGUACCCAGGAGAAAAUGACCAGAGUUUUAGUGGGAAAAAAUGUUUGAAAGAAGGAUGUGAAGGUGACAUGGUAAGGAUGCUGCAAUGUGAUGUGCCUGGAAUUGUCAAAAUUUUGUUUGAAGUGGUGAGAAAGGAUGAAUAUGUAACCAUUGAAAACUUAGGAGCAAGUUACAAGAAGUUUAUGUCUCUGGAAUUAACUGAUACUGAUAUUAGGCCGAAAUUCAAUUUAAAAUUAAAUACAAAAGAUGAAAUGCCUAUCUUCAAACUUGAUUAUAAUUAUUUCUAUCAUCUGCUUCAUAUAAUUAUUAUUUCUGGUACUGACAUUGUCCGGGAAAUAUUUGAUGAGGCUAUGCCACCCACUCUUUUGAAAAAAGAGCUGCUUAUACACAAGAAUGUGCUGGAACCCUACUACAAUCAUCUGUGGACCAAUCACCCUUUGGGUGGAUCAUGGCAUCUGCUUUAUCCCCCAAACAAGGAGCUACCACAGUCCAAACAAUUUGACCUAUGCCUCUUAUUAGCGCUCAUUAAACAUCUGAAUGUAUUCCCUGCACCCAGAAAAGGCUGGGAUAUGGAACCACCAUCUUCUGAUCUCUCUAAGUCUGCAGACAUUCUCAGGCUCUGCAAGUACAGAGAUAUCCUCCUCAGUGAGAUUCUGAUGAAUGGGCUCACUGAGUUACAGUUCCAUUCAAUUUGGAAAAAAGUUUCUGAUAUUCUUCUGCGCCUUGGGAUGAAACAAGAGGAUAUCGACCAAGUCAAGGAGAAUCCCAUUGAGAAUAUAUCCCUUGAUUAUCAUCAGCUGUCAAUUUAUCUAGGCAUACCAGUACCAGAAAUCAUCCAGAGGAUGUUAUCCUGCUAUCAACAAGGAAUUGCUCUACAGUCCAUAACAGGCACUCAGCGUAUUGACAUAGAAGAGUUACAGAAUGAUGAAGAAGAAUUGAGUCCACCUGUGAUGGAAUAUAAUAUAAAUGUGCAAUCAAACACUGAACUACAGUUAGCAGAAAUAAAUAAAGAAAUAGCCUCGAUACCUAGUGAAUCUUCAACAGAAUCUAUUAAAGAUCUUCAAGAGGUGAAAAGUAAAACAAAGAAAAAGAAAAAAACUAAGAAUAAAAAGGAUAAGGACUCAGAAGAAGAACAAGCCUCAUAUAUGGUAGAAAAGGACGACCAGCUGGAGACAGAACAAGGAGAUGUGCACACACUCAGCUCAUACAUGAAAACUGAUGCAAGUGAUGCACAAGAGGAUUCUGCCACCGAAGACAAGUUCUGUAGCCUGGACGAGCUGCACCUUCUGGACAUGGUAGAGCAGGGCUCAUCUGGAAAGGAAAGUACAGACUACAAAGAAACUGAAAAAGAAAGGCUGGCUCAUCAACAUCAACUUUAUAAGUUGCAGUAUGAAUGUGAAGAUUACAAAAGACAACUGAAAACAGUAACAUUUCGGUGGCAGGAAAAUCAAAUGCAGAUUAAAAAGAAAGAAAAAAUCAUUGUAUCUCUAAAUCAACAAGUGGCUUUUGGAAUCAAUAAAGUGUCCAAAUUACAGCGCCAAAUCCAUGUUAAAGAUGAUGAAAUCAAGAACCUUAAAGAUCAACUUUCCAUGAAAAGAUCUCAGUGGGAAAUGGAGAAGCAUAAUCUAGAAAGCACAGUUAAAACGUAUUUAAAUAAACUGAAUGCAGAAACCAGCAGAGCCUUAACAGCUGAGGUGUAUUUCUUACAGUGUCGUAGAGAUUUUGGUUUACUACACCUUGAGCAGACAGAAAAGGAGUGCCUCAAUCAGCUUGCCAGGGUGACUCACCUCGCAGCAAGCAACCUGGAAUCACUUCAAUUAAAGGCUGCUGUAGAUAGUUGGAAUGCCAUUGUGGCGGAUGUUCGAAACAAGAUUGCAUACCUGAGGACACAAUAUAAUGAACAAAUCAAUAAGGUGAAGCAAGGGUUUGCCUUGAGUACCUUGCCUCCAGUCCAGCUUCCCCCACCACCACCAAGUCCUGAGAUACUGAUACAGCAGUUCUUAGGAAGACCUCUUGUGAAGGAAUCUUUCUUUAGACCAAUACUUACUGUUCCUCAAAUGCCUGCAGUUUGCCCUGGAGUCAUCUCUGCAGCUGUACAACCUAGGCCGCCCCUGAUGCCUGGUAUAACCUGGGCUAUGCCAACACCUAUAGGUGACACUGUGUCACCCAGCGCAAGUCUGUGCAGUGAACCUCUCAUGAUAAACUGGGAGAGGAUCACAGACAGACUGAAAACGGCUUUUCCACAACAGACAAGGAAGGAGCUUACAGAUUUUUUACAACAAUUAAAAGAUUCUCAUGGAAAGUCAGUGUCUCGACUGACAUUUGAUGAAAUUGUUUACAAGAUUUCUCAAAUGAUUGGGCCCAAGAAACCCGAGAGUGAAGGAAAGACUGCGCCAGAUGGUAAUAGUGCUUCACCGAGCCACACUUCACAGCCUAAUGCUCCCCAGGCCCCCACAGCAGCUCAAGGUUCUGCCACAUGGGAAGGAGCCAAAGACUUGGAUAAUGAAGAGGAAGAAGAGGAGCCUUGUGUCAUCUGUCAUGAGAAUUUGUCUCCAGAAAACCUUUCAGUUUUGCCUUGUGCUCACAAAUUCCACUCUCAGGAGGACAGCCUGGAGAUUUAAAUGGUAUACAGUAUAUACUUCCCUUGGCCAGAACUAGGAGAGAUAUUGAUUGAUAGAGCAAUUGAGUUACAAGACUAGCAACAAAGAAGUGCCACUUUACCCAGAUAUGCUUUAACAUCUACAGUGUCUAUUGUCCAUCUGUAAUAAUGGCCCUUCCCAUUUUAAAGCAGAAGACAUAUCUUACUUAGUAAUCUCUCUCACCUCUUGUGUUUACAUGUGUAGGUUCUGAGGCUUGGGUGUUAAUGUUAGAAAAGUGUAAGGCUGUCAUAUCUUUUGUGUUCUUGGUAUUUCUUUGGGAUUAAUUCCUGGUGCUGCUCUGUGUAACUGUUACUGAUGUAUAAUGCAUGGUUCAAGUCCUUUUGUAAUUUGACAAAAGAAAAUAUAAUCUUAGACAAGAAAUGUUUUCUUGGAAGUAAACAAUUGCCUGAUUUUUCAAACUUGUUUUAAAGUUACAAUAUGUGGUACCUGUUACAAAAUUAUGUGUGUUUUCUGCUUAGAUCUGAGGAGGUGUAAAAACUGGCCAAUUGUAAAAGGUCUCCUAGAUGAUACUUAGCCACCCAACUUUCCCAUUUUGAAAUUUUAAUGUGUGAUGAUUUUUUUAAAAAAGGAAAAAAAAAGAAUGUUUAUCAGAACUUAUUUGCCUUUGUUCAGUGAACUAAAUGUGUAUGAUUCACUCGGGUUACUCUUUAGGGUUAGUUAUUAGGCCUCAAACAUAGUCCCUGUACUUAGUCCUCGUAUCUGAUUUGGCUUUCCAUUAUUCUAAUAUCAAAAAUACCUGGUUUUAGAGUCAAUACUUAAGAUCAAAACAUAAAUACUUUAUAGUUCAAGAUUGUCAUCAUUGUCACCAUAGAAAACAAUCUGAAGAGACUUUUCAUUCAGGGAGUUUCAGCUUUAGAGUCCCAUAAGGGUAGUGGUAACUUUUUUUGGUGUGGUUUGAUUUGGUUUGGUGUGGUUUGGUGUGGUUUGGUUUGGUUUGGUUUGGUUGGUUGGUUUGGUUUGGUUUGGUUUGGAUUGGUUUGGUUUGGUUUGGUUUCGAGACAGGGUUUCUCUGUGUAGCCUUGGCUGUGCCGGACUCACUUUGUAGACCAGGCUGCCCUCAAACUCACGAAGAUCCUCCUGCCUCUGCCUAGCUGAGUGCUAGGGUUACAGUUGUACACCACAGCACCUGGCUGGUAUUGGUAACUUUCAUGUUCUUAGUUGUGAUUUGUUUACUGAAUUAUAAAUAAAAAUGAAUAUAUAAAUAAAAUCAAUCAAAGAAAGAAUAGAUCAAGCUUCCCCAAUAUCUUUGUCAGAAAGGACUACUAGUUAUUUUUAAAAUAGGGUGAGAGCAAAAUUUGAGUCAUAGAAUGGCUUAAACAUACUCUGCAGCUGCCAGCAAAAUAGGGAGUGUGCCAUACUUGUAUCAGAUGGCUUGGCUUGAGAUCCAUCAGAAGACAUGUUGGUUGGUAACUAUGAUGUAUAGAGUUUUAGCUGCCUCUGCUAGGCUAAAUUUGAAACUCUGACUUGAAUCAUUUUGCUUCUUAGUGCAUUAGACCAUGGUUGAUGCAACAGGGGACAUGCCCCACCUGCAGACUCCAUGUUUUGCUUCCAGAAGAAAUCCCUGGCCACCCCAACGGGCAGUUACCCAAGAUCUGAUACAAGGCAGGUAGCUAUACCUAAGAUCAGUUUUAGACAUUGGAAUUUAGUUCUGCUUUUUAAUGAGCUAAUUGUAUGAGUAGUAUUAUGCAGCUUUGACCAGCUAAUCACACCAGAGCUGAGCCAAAGAGAUCAAGACAGAUCUAAAGCACAUGUAAGUUAAAUGGAAGGGACUUAAAGAAGAUAGGAUUUUGAUAGUUGCGUUUUAUUGCUCUUCGUAAGAUUUUCCAUCUGUAAACACAAGACCUGUAAACAUGAGUAUUCAUAUUUCUUAGAAUGUCCUGCCCUUUAUUCCUUCAUACUCUAUUGUCCUUUACUUUCUCUCAAGUAUGGUACAUUUUAAUUUCCUAAAAUAAAUUUAGGAGAAUGACUAGGAAAAUUCUAUAGGUUUUAGUUUUCUUUUUAACUUUAAAAGCUUGGUGUUAAAAUAUAAUUAUUAUAAGUUAUUUUUCUAUCUUCUGAAAUAGCUACCCUUGGUGAGAUUAUGGACUCUUUGACACUGGUAAUCAUACAAUGGUCUAUAAUAGUUUGUGACAGAUGAUUAUUAAGUGUCAGACAGUGAAGAUCCAGUUCAUCAAAUUGUUGGUGCCAUGAAAUCUCUACAAUAAUUAGACUGUAGAAGCUGCAAGUAAUAUUUGUCUUUCCCCCUAAGAGCUAGUUCUUAAAAUCACACCACAGGAUGCGUAUAUUUUUAAUAUUUAGCAAAACAAAUACAGAAUGAAGUUAGAUUUGAAAUCAAGAGAUAGUAAAAUGGGCAGAUAUGCAAAUUAAGUAAUUUGCUGGGAUGACUAAUGGAGAUCUUACAUUCCUUUGUAAAGAUAUUCUUUAGAUUUUAAUCAUUUUCAUUUGGGAGAUACCUAUUUUUUUCCCUCUUAAAAAGUGUCUGCUUUUUGUAACUGUUCUGGGAAGAGAGGAAGCCGUGCACAUGUCCUUGCUUCUGCUGUGACAGAGUUGAUGUUCACUAGACCAAUUGCCUAUAAACAGCUUGUCCUUGGGAAUACCAACUCUUAGACAACAAAGUCUAUUUUAAAAAAUAAUGUAAUGCUGUAAUGUUGUACGUGCCUGUACUUUCAAACCUAAACAAAACCAUAGUUACUUUGUGAGACAUAUAUUCCUUGGUUCAUAUUCCCAAUCUCGAUGUCAUUUAAUUUUUUUGGGGGAGUGGUUGACUUGGAAACAUUUUUUGUAUAUUUCAGUGUAAAUGUAUGUUGAAGCUACUGUGAAUAUCUAUUUAAAAAUUCAAUGCCUGUAAUUGUAUGGUAAACUUCUUUUAUCUGAAAAUAAACUGAAAAAUGUGAAGAAAAAUACUUUUUAGAUGUCAACAUUUGAGUGGGUGAUAUGACUCAGCAGAUUAAAGUGCUUGUGGUGCAAACCUGAUGACCAGAGUUCUCUCUGGAACCCGCCUGGUGAAAGGAAAAAACAACUAAUGCGUGAACUGUCCUCUGACCUCCACAUGAACAGUGUGACUUGUGUGUGUACAAGCAUGCAGUACACACAGAUGCACAAAAGAGAAAGGGAAGAAGGAAAGAGAAUGGAAAGAAAAAGAAAGAACUUUUAAUAGUGCCAUUUGUCUGUAUAUAAAGAGUCAACAUUGUGUUGGAAUUGCAGAAUUUAGAACUUAUGGAACAUUUAAUCAUUGUGAUUAUGUAGCAAGUUACUUUGUAUUAGUUAGCUCAUACUUAUAAUUUGUUUCUUAGUUCAUGUUUAUAAACUGUUAUUUUAUUUUUUUGUGGAAAAUAAAUAUUUCUGAAUUGAA